AUGGCUGAAGCAUCUAGUUUAGUGGGGAAGCUUGAAUCAGAUGUGGAGAUCAAAGCUUCGGCUGAAAAGUUCCAUCACAUGUUCACCGCUAGACCACACCACGUCUCCAAAGCAACUCCUGGCAACGUUCAGGGAGUUGAUCUGCACGAAGGAGAAUGGGGCAAAGUCGGCUCUAUCAUCAUCUGGAACUUCGUUCAUGAUGGAGUGGCAAAGGUAUCAAAAGACAGGAUCGACGCUGUGGAGCCGGAGAAGAACUUGAUCAGGAUGAAAUGCAUAGAAGGUGAUAAUCUGAAAGAGUACAAGAGCUUUUCGUUCACGAUCCAGGCGACUCCUAAGCCUGAAGGAUCUGGAAGUAUUGUGCACUGGCGCCUUGACUACGAGAAAAUUAGCGAGGAGAUUGCUCAUCCCGAGACUCUUCUUCAGUUAUGUGUUGACAUGUCCAAAGAGAUUGACGACCAUCUCUUGGCCGAGGAGGAGUAG